CGAGCGGACAACAAGAAGCACAAACGACAGCUCAUUGCACCACUGCACCAACCUUCCACCUUCCACAACCAUGCCACUUGGGGUGUCUGCGGGGUUCUUGCGCGCGUUCUUGGAGGACGUGCAACAGGCGCAUGCAGAGGAGUAUGCGACGCUGACCACAAAGGAUGUGUGCGACAAGGUGGUGAUUCCACGCACAAAGGACGCCCAGUGUGCGUAUGUGGAUGUCAUCAAACAACAGCACGACGAACAGCACCUGGGCAAUGCCAACGUGUUUGUAUCCCACGCCUGGCGGUACAAGUUUGUGGACGUCAUCGGCACCAUGCUUGAGUUUGCCGACGAACAAGGCCGUCAGGACACUGACGCGUACUUUUGGUUCGAUCUCUUUAUCAACAACCAAAACAUUGCCGCCGAUCUCCCACAAGACUGGUGGAGCACGACGUUCAAGGAGUCGAUUGCUGAUAUUGGUCAUGUGCUGUUGGUGCUGACGCCCUGGAGUGAUCCCGUGCCGCUGACGCGGGCGUGGUGCCUGUGGGAGAUCUUCUGCAGCCUGAGCCAGGAGGGUGUGACGCUGACCAUCCAGCUGCCCAUCGCAGAGCGGGAGGCGCUGAAGGCCGCCUUGCGCGCAGACAGUGAGGCCGUGACAGACACGCUCGUGCGCGUGCAGGCGGAGCGUGCUGAGGCGUGGAACCCCAAGGACAAGGAGAUGAUCUUCAAGGCCAUCCGCGACAGCGUUGGGUUUGGGCACCUCAACGAGCGCGUCAAGGAGCAGAUGCGCUCGUGGUGUCUGCAGACGGCCGAUGCAUUUGUGCACGCCGUGGAACAGGCCAACGGCAAUCCCAACACAGCCCCACAACCAAACGCACAACCAAGCACGGAAACAGCCACACAACAAGGCAAUUCCGGCACAGCCCCACGGCCAGCCACGCAGACCAACGCCACCAGUGAGGUGAUUGCGCUGUAUUACCAGGUGGGGGCGCUGAUGACCAACUUUGGCAAGCCCGAGCGGGCAAUUGAGCUGCUCACACGCGCGCUGGCCAUGGAGAAGGUGCACAUGGGCGAGCGGCACUCCUCCGUCGGGGACGUGCACACGCAGCUCGGCAUCGCGCUGGCGAGCAACGGCAGCUACGAUGAGGCCAUUGCCCACUUCAACGCCGCCAUCGUCAUCCACACCGCAGUCUACGGUGCAGACAGUCCGCGCCUGGCUGUCACGUACGGGCAUCUUGGUGGCGCGCUGCUGAACAAGGGCGAAUACGACGAGUCGAUCCGCGUGCACGAGCGUGCGGUGGCGAUUGAGGAGAGCGCGGGCACGAGCGAGGAGCGGCGCGGCACGGCAUACAGCAACCUCGCCACGGCAUAUGCCGAGGUGGGCGACUACCGACGAGCCAUCGCCUUUCACGAGAAGUCCAUGCGCAUAUCCGAGGAAGCGCGCGGCCCUCAGCACCCGGGCACCGCCAACGACUACAACAACCUCGGCGGCAUCUAUCAGCGGCUGGCAGACUACGAGCGCGCAGCAGAGUACUACUCCAAGGCGCUGAACGUGUACAGGGAGGUGAUGGGUGAGCACCCGAGCACGGCGAUUGCGUACGACAACCUGGGCAUGGUGCACAAGAACCAGGGCAACUUUGAGACGGCAAUUGAGUGCCACCGGCACGCGCUGGAGAUGCACGAGGCGGUCAUUGGAAAGGAGCACCCAACCACGGGCAUGAUGCAACUCAACCUGGGCACGACGCUCCUGUACAAGGGCGACACGGACCAGGCCGUGGAGCACCUGAUGCAGGCGCUAGGCAUCUUCAAGGCGGCGCUGGGCCACCACGCCAGCACCGCCGCCGCAUACGGCAACCUGGGCAUGGCGUUCCGGCAGCAGGGCGACUACAUCGCGGCCAUCAAGAGCCACGAGCUCGCACUGGACAUUGAGGAGGACGUGUUGGGCCAGCAGCACCCGACAACGGGCAUCGAGUACUUCAACGCGGGUCUGGCGUUUGAUGCCAUCGGACACAUGCGCGCGGCGGUCGACUACCAGAAGCAGGCGCUUGCGAUCCUGGUGGCGUGUCUUGGCGAGGACAAUCCAAAGGUGCAGCUGGUGGCGGAGUCCCUGCAGGCAACGCAGCACCGCCGCCACAUCCUGCAGCGCUGCUCAUACAUUGCCAUCCUCGCAUGAGGGCGCGUGCGUAUGUGUUUGCUGUGUGUGUGUGUGUGUGUGCUUGCUUUGUGUGUGUGUGUUUGCUCUGUGUUUGUGUUUGCUCUCUCUCUCUCUCUCUCUUGUGU